CCCGGACACGAACCACAUCUCACCAAUGGCGACAUCUGUGCGUUCAAACAUGCAUUUUAAAGGUUGAACAUUUUCCUAUCAUCUGUCAAAGUUUCAUUCAUUUUGGUUGACAUAUAACGAAGAUAUGACAGUUCAUGUUAAACAAGAUUUUGAUCGAGAUAGAAAUUUUAAUAUGGAACAAAGAGCAGUGAUUAAAUUUAAUGCAAAACUUGGUAAAAGUGCAUCAGAAACAUUCCGAUUGAUGCAACAAGUUUACGGCAGUCAAUGUCUAGGUCGUACAGCUGUUUUUGAGUGGCAUAAGCGUUUUUUGGAAGGCAGAGAGACCCUUGAAGAUGAUAAAAAAUCAGGACGGCCAAUUUUGGUUCGAACACCCGAAAUGAUCGAAAAAGUACGUGAUUUUGUUGCAAAUGAUCACUAUGCAUCAUUAAAAAUGAUGGGGGAGGCUUUAAAUAUCAGUAGAGAAACGAUUCGAACCAUAUUACAUGAAGAUUUGGAGACAUCGUUGCAGCCGCAGAAAAUAAUCCAAACUUCCUAAAAUUAAUUGUUACGGGUGAUGAAACAUGGUGCUUUCAAUAUGAUCCAGAAACUAACUGACUGCGUCAAAGUGCGGAAUGGAAGUAAAAAAAUUCACCAUAAGCAAAAAAAGUUCCAUCAAAAAUCAAGACAAUGCUCAUCACAUUCUUUGAUAGUAAAAGUAUUAUCCAUAAAGAGUUUGUUCCAACUGGCCAAACAAUUACUGGU